CCUCCUGGGUGAAAAACAGCGUCUGGAGAAGGGGAGGAGUUGAAUAACGUCUGGAGUUUUCUCUCUUUUUAAACGUUAUCAGCUCGUUAAUAAACGCGGAGGAUAAAGCAGCGAGCGGCGGGUUCGGCUGCGGGGCUCGCUGACGGAGGUCCGGACGGGUUGGGCCCGUUCGUGUUCGGCGGUGAAGUUGUAAAAAGUCGGGGGUGAAAAUGGAGAGCCCAGCUGGGUGAGAGUGGUCCGAGGAGGUUGGGUUUGGCACCGACCCGGAGUCCUGCCCUGCGGCUAACCUAGCAUGCUCACACACUGCCUCUACUCCUCUGCAGACGGUGCCUCUCCGUGGGGAGCAGUUUAAUCUGCUGACGUUGCAGUUUUUUCUAAUGGAUGGAAGUUUAGUCGAUGACCCUUUUUGUGGUGAAAGUUCUGCAUGAAUCUGCCGGAGGCUUCCUCGUUCAUAUUUUCACUCUGUUCCCUGAAACGAGGUUCCUCUGAGGAGAACCUCCUGCCAGCUGAUUGGACAACAGCACUGCAACAAUAAAACGACUCAUUUCUAAAGAUGAAAUGACUUCGUUAACUUCUGGGACGUGUUGAGUCGCUGCCGAUGCCUCCUGUCUCGGACCGGAGUGGUGGUCAGAUUUAUCCCGGACCGUGGGUCUGAGCCUGGAUGUUGGAGGUCCUGGUGAAGCAGCUGGUGCUGAUGAGGCGUGGCUCCUGGAGGCCUGUGAGGCUGGCUGGCCUGGACUCCAGGUGAUGUGAUGGGGUGCCGGAACAGCAAGGUCCUCCCCGAGCCUCCGGGGGACGUUCAGUUGGACCUGGUCAAGAAGGUAAACCCACCCUCACCUCUUCAGACAGACGUCUACAAGCACUUCAUACGAGGGGAUGGCUCUGGCAGCAGGACGGAAGGAGCAGCCGGGGACAAGCCGGACUUCACCUCCUCGUUUCAGGCCCAGGCGCAGGCUGCCAGUCCCACCGCUUCGGCCCAGACCCCCAAGGACCCGAGCAAACAUUCGGUCCCUCACUGGAAGAAGGUGGCCAAGUACCGGGCCAAGUUCGACCCCCGAGUCACGGCGAAGUACGAGAUCAAAGCCCUGAUCGGCCGCGGGAGCUUCAGCCGCGUGGUGCGCGUGGAACACAAGAGCACGCGGCAGCCGUACGCCAUCAAGAUGAUCGAGACCCGGUACCGCCAGGGCCGGGAGGUGUGCGAGUCCGAGCUGUGCGUGCUGCGCCGGGUGCGCCACACCAACGUGAUCCAGCUGAUGGAGGUGUUCGAGACGGUGGAGCGGGUCUACAUGGUGAUGGAGCUGGCCACCGGCGGGGAGCUCUUCGACCGGAUCAUCGCCCGCGGCUCCUUCACGGAGCGGGACGCCACGCGGGUCCUGCAGAUGGUCCUGGACGGCGUCAAGUACCUGCACGCCUUGGGGAUCACCCACCGGGACCUGAAGCCGGAGAACCUGCUGUACUACCACCCCGGACCCGACUCCAAGAUCAUCAUCACGGACUUCGGCUUGGCCAGCAGCAGGAAGAAGGGCGACGAGUGCCUGAUGAAGACCACCUGCGGCACGCCGGAGUACAUCGCCCCCGAGAUCCUGGUCAGGAAGCCCUACACCAACGCCGUGGACAUGUGGGCCCUGGGGGUGAUCUCCUACAUCCUGCUGAGCGGAAGCAUGCCCUUCGAGGACGACAACCGCAUGAGGCUGUACCGGCAGAUCCUGAAGGGGAAGUACAGCUUCUCUGCUGAGCCGUGGCCCAGCGUGUCCAACCUGGCCAAGGACUUCGUGGAGCGGAUCCUGACGGUGGACCCGAGCGAGCGGCUGACGGCCGGCCAGGCCCUCAAGCACCCCUGGAUUGUCAGCAUGGCGGCCUCCUCCUCCAUGAAGAACCUGCAGCGCUGCAUAUCCCAGAACCUCCUGAAGCGGGCCUCCUCCCGCUGCCACAGCACCAAGUCGGCCCAGUCCACACGCUCCAGCCGCUCCACCAAGUCCACCCGGGCCCGCAGGGCCCGCGAGAAGGAGCUGCAGGAGCUGAACCGCCGCUAUCAGCAGCAGUACGACUGAGACUCGCAGAGGAGGAUGACUCAGCAGAAUCUGAACUUCCUGCUGGUCGCUGCUGCCGGCGUUAAAGACCAAAACGGAUUCUUGGACUCGGAUAAAUCCAACCAGGACCUGAUCCUGAAGUCACAUGACGUGACGUUUCUUCACUCCUCCAUCCGUUACUCUGAACUUCCUGUUUGUCCUCUGAACUUCCUGUUUGUCCUCUGAACUUCCUGUUUCAUGACGUAUUUAUUUAUUGUCUGUGAGGUCACUGGAUGAUGACGUCACACAACGUUCUGUUGAACAGAGUUCUGGACACUGAACCUUUUCUUCACGUUUGUUCCUGAUUCAGAAGUGCUGUGAAUUUCUUCUUUUACCUUUUUUUUACAGUUUGCUAAUCAGAUUAUUCUGCAGCCCGAUCACUCCUCCAAUCCCCACGUCAUUUUCUAAAUUUUUUAUUCGCUCCGUUUUUUUUUCUGUAACGUUUCUUGAACCGUUUAAAGAUUGUGAAGCUCGUUGGACCGUCAUGAAGAAAAAUAUAAUGUCAACUCACGACACAUUAACCUUAAAUACUGCAAAUUCUGUUUCUCUAAUUUUCAUUCUGGUUUUUAUUGUUUUAAAAUGAGUUUCUUUAAAGUGUUAUCAUAUCAAACCAGCAUCAGACCUUCAAAAUAAAAGCGGCAGAGACUUGUGA